GGAAAUUCGGGCCUCAGCAAAAGUAGGGCAAGGAGUGCAGGAUGCAUUUGCGCCCAAGUCGGUCGAGAGCACGAGUUCUGUGGGCGCUGCGGGUCAAAUCGGCGCGGCGGCCGCAGCGCGGCCUGCGCAUCGGCGCGAUGGGCGCCCACUGCAGCCAGCACUGCGGCGACGCCGUCUGCUGCCCAGCCCCGACCGAGGACGACGACGGCGGCGGCGCCGUCGGCAGCCUCACCCACGUCAACAGCCUCGGCGUGUUUCCCGAGGGCGGCGACAGCGAGCCGCCCAUCGGCAAGGUCUUCGACGAGACGGUGGAGCACCUGCGCCCGCUCGACCGGGACCUGCUCGUCUUCUGCGCGACCUCGAACCUCGUCGCCGUGCGCUGGCUGCUGUGGCUGGGCGCGUCGCAGGACGCGCGGGACUCCAACGGGUCCACCUGCCUGCACGUCGCCUGCCGCAGCGGGGCGCUGCCCGUCAUAGGCGAGCUGCUGCGCCACGCGCAGCUGGUGAACACGGCCGACGUGGCGGGCUGGACGCCGCUCCACGUCGCCGCCCACAUGGGCCGCCGGGAGGCCGUCCAGCGGCUGCUCGAGGCGCGCGCGGACCCGCUGCGGCUGAGCGCCCAGGGCCAGUCCCCGGCGAUGCUGUGCAUGGAGCCGGCGUGCCUCGACCAGCUUCGGAGCGGGGACCCGGCCGCGGAUCUGCGGGGGCAGCCGAGGGAGCCGGGCGCUGGGCCGGAGCGGCUCGCCGACGACACGGCCGGCAUACCAGACGCGUGCGAGCCAGAGAUGGUGUUCGUGGCUUCGCCCCCAGCGGCGAAGCUGGACGCCAGGGACAAGAAGCGCAUGCUGGAGCUUGGGCUGCGGCUGUUCCAGCUGCAGCCGAGCCGCGGCCUGGCGUUCGUCGUCGCCGUCGGGCUGUACGACAGCUACCCCGCUGCUAUGAAGGCAAUCAUCAGGGCUUCGUCUCAACGCCCCCAGGCGAUCGGCGACUUCCUGGGCGAGGCUUUCUCCGUCUGCCCGCUCGUCCGCUUCAGCGUCUUCGACGCCCUGCCCCUGGGGAACACGGGCGUGGUGUCGGCGCUCCACGGGCCUUCUUCGCGUUCCCGCUGCCGAUGGACCUGCGGAAGAUCGAUCGCCUCGUCACGGGCCUGGCGCAGGUCUGGUGGAGGAAGCACAAGGCGAUGGCCGCGGCUGUGGAGGUGGACGGCCCUCGCGAGCUCAGCGCUGACGCGUUCGGCGGCAAGGGGGAGCUCGUUGGGCUGGACUUGUGGCGCUUCCUGACGAGCUGCCACGCGCUGCAGCAGCUGAUGUUCUCGGCCGUGAUGCUCCACUGGCAUCUUUACGGUGGCGACCCAGCCGCGGCCGACCGAGAGCUGCACCUGGACGACUGGGUCUCGCUGCACCGGUGCCCCGAGGGUGGCGGCGCCGUGCCCGAGCACGUGCUGAGGAGAGUCCACGCCGCGGUGGCCGCCGGCUCCUCGAGGGAGCUGGCCCUGUCGCCUCCGGCGCCCGACCCAGAGCACGGCGGCGCGUCGGCGCUGUCGAGACUGUCGUCGCUGGAGGGCUGGGUCCACGUGCUGAGCGGCCCCCUGUCUGGCGCGGGGGCCGCGCUGUGGCGCUGGCGCAGCCGCGGCUUCAGCGAGACCCUGCGGCGCGGCGGCUCGCCGGGAGACGCCGGGGCGGGCCUCUUCGGCGGCGGCCGGGCGGCCGCGGCGUCGCCCCGCAGGCAGCGCGAGGACGGCUGCUACUGGGCCUGCGUGUGCUCGCCGUUCCUGCUGCUCUCGGCCGGGCCGCCGACCGCCGCGGCGACGGCGCCGCACGCGCUGCUGGCCCUGAGGACCGUCCAGGCUCGCGGCGCCUGCUCCCCGAAGGACCGUCACCCUCGAGGGGGCCGCGCGGGCAGAGCCGGUGCAGCUCGUGCUGCUGCUGGGCGACGGGCGCUGGCAGGAGCUGCCGCACGGGCGGCUGGAGCUGCGCCUGCCGGACGGCGCGCCGCUGCAGGAGUGGGCGCGCUGCUUCUCAGAGGAGGGCGCGGGUGCGCCGGGCGCGCCCCCCGCGCCCGCGCGGCGAGGGGGCUGCGCGCGCGGGUGAUUGAGCAUCGGCGGACGUUAGUCAGCCACGGCCCCACGGGGCGUGUUUUUACGUCCUGCCUGGGCCUCCCAGGGACCUCUCGUCGCCGCGGCCGGGGCCGCCUCUAGCAGGAGGCGGAUCAGGACGGAACCGCGGAGGGGUCCCCGAGGGGUCCGGGUGGCCAGCCUCGGGGCGGAGCUGUGCGGAGCUGAGCGGGAGAGCCGCUGCCGCUGUCUCGGCGGGCCCUCCUCCGAUCCUCGGGGGCGACGGGCUCGCCGCCGAGGUCGGCAGGGUCUGGCCUCCUUCGGGAGGCUGCCCGCCCAGAGCUUCCCGCUGCGACGCGGCGCCUUGCCCCCGGCGGCGCCGGGGGGCGGCGUGCGGCUCACUCUGCGCGAGGGCGGGCGCGCGGCUCCCUGCCGCGAGGGCGAAGAAGCCGGCUGGGCGUCGAGUGCGCCGAGCUCCUUCGAGGCUCACGAGUCCUCUAGAUACGGGUACUUUCGCCGCUGCUCGUG